UUUGCAGGUUUCUCUGAUCAUGGACUGUGGAGUAAUCCCAGAAUUUUCAAGUCCAGAGGAAGAAACUGCAUACUGGAAGGAGCUUUCUUUAAAGUACAAGCAAAGUUUCCAGGAGGCACGUGAAGAGUUGGCUGAAUUCCAGGAGGGCAGCAGGGAACUGGAAGCAGAAUUGGAAGCCCAGCUGGUACAAGCUGAACAGAGAAACCGUGACUUGCAAGCAGACAACCAAAGACUGAAGCAGGAAGUGGAAACAUUAAAGGAGAAGCUUGAGCACCAGUAUGCACAGAGCUACAAGCAAGUGUCCUUGUUGGAGGAUGACCUGAGUCAGACCCGGGCAAUUAAAGACCAGCUGCAUAAAUAUGUGCGAGAACUAGAACAAGCCAAUGAUGACCUUGAGCGGGCCAAGAGGGCUACAAUUGUUUCCUUGGAAGACUUUGAACAAAGGCUGAAUCAGGCCAUUGAGAGAAAUGCCUUUUUGGAAAGUGAGCUGGAUGACAAGGAAUCUUUGCUAGUUUCUGUACAAAGACUGAAAGAUGAAGCGAGAGAUUUAAGGCAAGAACUAGCAGUGAGGGAAAGGCAGCAGGAAGUAACCCGGAAGUCAGCCCCAAGUUCUCCAACUCUAGAUUGUGAGAAGAUGGAUUCAGCUGUCCAGGCUUCUCUGUCUCUGCCUGCAACACCUGUUGGGAAAGGCUGCGAGAACAGCUUUACUUCACCAAAAGCUAUUCCCAAUGGAUUUGGUACCAGUCCUCUCACUCCAUCUGCCAGGAUAUCUGCACUCAACAUUGUGGGUGAUCUUCUAAGAAAAGUGGGGGCCUUGGAAUCCAAACUGGCUGCUUGUAGAAACUUUGCAAAAGACCAGGCAUCUCGGAGAUCUUAUGUUUCAGGGAAUAUAAAUAGCAGCAUGAUCAACAGCAACGGCAUGAAGUUCUGUCAUUCAGGACAUACAGCAUUCUAUGACAAAGCGGCAGUAAAUGGCUUUGAUCAAGGACCACCACCAGGUCUAGGAACUUCCAGACCAUCGUCAGCACCAGGCAUACUUCCUCUGAGUGUAUGAACAGUUGCAAGGCCACAUUGUGACUUAAAAUUGGUUCUUGAAGGAGCAAGGAAAGAGCUGCUUGCAGUACUUUUCCAUUAGUGCCCCCUGCUGGAACUGAGUGAUGUUUCAGCACUCAGAAACUGGCCAGAGAAGAUCCCAGAACAAAGACAACACUCCUGAUGUCAAUACAGUCUAUUUCUUUCUAUUUCCAUUAUGGACAUUCUUUAAUAUGGUCACCACUGAUGUCUGUUUCACAGGAUGCUGGAGUUACACUUGCCCAAAUCACCUUCUGUUCCCCUCACCCGAGUUCUCUAAGUCAACAUGGGUCUGCUGGCUUGUUGUUUAGCAGUCCCUUUCCCCCACCUCUUCACACUGCUUUUCUUUCCUCCAUACCCUGCACUUAAGCACACAAAGAUCCAUGUGCUAUUUUUUCUCUGUCCCAGAAUAAGUCUCUACAGUUGGGGAAGGCCUAAACUUUUCUGGUCAGCUGGUGCUCUUGGGAUGCAGUAUGAACUUGUAUUUACAGAAUGGAUCUUCCAUACUUCCAAUGAAAGUGAUGUACCUGAGUUAUCCUGGGACCUGUUGCAGCACCCACGCUAAGGCGCUGAAGUCAUGGAAAAUAUCUGGGUGUGGCAGCAUCUCCUCUGUGGUGUUGUGCAAUUAUGUCUUCUCAACAAAGCUGAUGUUUUGGGGGGUUUUUAAAUGGAGAAUUCUCACCCCAAUUUUGCAAUUCUUUUCCAAUCAGCUUCAUCCCAUUUAGCCGGCUUUGCCUGUUUUAUUUCAAAGAAGCCAGUGGACUGGGCUUGGGCUUGUUAAUGAGAAUUGCCCAUGAGAAGGGAAGGGAGGAGGGAAUUGAAGCCACAGCAGGAUGGUUGGGGGACAAAUCUACCACUCACUGUUUGGGAUUUUGUCAGCCCUUUUCCUGUGUCCUUUGCUGCAUUGACUGUUUAUAUUUGUUUUAUUGUACAUAGGUUUGUAAACAUAAUAUCUUUCCCUAAGAUAUUUGUACAUAAGUUGAGCUUUAUAGUUUUAUUUAUUCUGAAUCUUUGAGGCAUGUUUUCCCUAGGACAGUGCAUCAGAUUUCUGUGGUGACUUCCAUCCUGUGGUUCAACAAGAGAGAUGGUCCAAAAAUAAAGAUCUUUUAAUGUGGACACACACUGGCUUUUUCAGAAAA